AUGUGCCACUUUCAGGUCUCCUCACACUGCUGGUGGGUUCCAUUUUGUCAUAGGGUGCUGGCAGAUUACGGGCCUCCCAUUGCUGCUGCCAGGCCCGUAAUCUGCCAUGGGCCCCUGUACCGCCUCCUCAUGCUGCUGCCAGGUCCAGAGUGUGUCAUGGGUCCCUGUACGGCCUCCCAUUGCUGCUGUCUCCAUCGCCACACUCUGCCAUGUGCCACUUUCAGGUCUCCUCACACUGCUGGUGGGUUCCAUUUUGUCAUAGGGUGCUGUAUGGCCUCCCAUUGCUGCUGCCUCCACCGCCACACUGUGGCUCCACACUCUGGUUUUGGCCCCGUGACUGCCCAAAUGAGUGAAGUGUGCGGUGAUUCUAAGAUCGACGGCACUCAUCUGCAUGUCAUACUG